CCACACUCCUCAACACUUCCAAGAUGUCUGAUGGGCCCGCCAUACGACGAGCAUUAUCGAAUCCGGAAACGUACCACCAGACCAGCUCGUUCUCCUCAGGGAAAUUCUCGCCAAGGGUCAGCUCACCACUCGCCAAUUCUUACCCAGCGAGCGCAUCAUCGCCUCUGUCGAGUAGCUCGUGUAUAGACAUGUUUCAGCUGGUAUCCAGUCCGCCUGGGCCUUCGUUGCUUCCGUUUUCCGACCUUCCCGAAUCCGAGCCAGAUAUCAGGUCAUGUGACGAUGAGAUGAUGAAGAUGGAUGACGAGUCGGACGCUUUGCCGAUCGGUUCCUCGCCCCGGAUCGGCCAUUUUGACACGGCCGCCUCGAGCAGUCCCGGGCCUAGCUGGCUGCCCGCCUUAGCCCCCAACCGACACGAUCGACUCUUCUCCCCCUCACAGUCAACCCAUCCCCGUUCGCGCGCUUGGAAGCAGCCUGGCUCCUCCCGGGCGAGCCCGCGCUCCUCGGCUAGCGAGACCCCGCAGAGCUCACCCACCCCGCUGUCCCGAGCCUACGUCUCCAAGGCCGGCCAGUCCGACCGAUCUCCUUCUCAGCUUCGUCUCCAGGCAGCCAGCAGACUCCGGAAUAUUGAACGCAAGAAUCGUUCGAACGCCCAUCGGCCCCUGCUCGACGCCUUCUCGAACGGCUCCCAACGCGGGAUCGACGAGAUUAUCUCCCGUAAGGAUGAGAUGAUGGCCGAAGAGCUUGGAAGGCGUCACAUCAAGCAGAUGAAUCGACAGUGGGAGGCCCUCCUGAGUAGCCAAACCGAUGAAAUGAUUGAAGAAGCAGAAGAGAGUGAUUUGAUGCAGGAGGAGCCGAUUGAGCCAGACCAUGAGCUUGACUUGACGCAGAUGUAUGCUGAGGCCGCUGCCUCGGACGCGAUGGAUAGCGAAGGUCCUGAUACGUCUAUGGCCAGCGCUUGCUCCACUGUCCGUCCGGAUGAGCACCACCACAGCUUGCUCGCGAUCCUGCUUGCUCCGCGGGCAAUCUGCCCAGCCUGUCCGGUGGGCACCCUGCAAGCCACCGAGCCUGCCCCACAAGGUGUCCAAUGUGCUCAUUGCCCCUGGGGCAUCGAUGGCGAAACUCUCGCCUCCAUUGAUCAACACUUCCUUGAACAUGGUGAAAGAGCUUCUCAUCAACCCGUCAUUGGCUAUAACCCCGAUGUGGGAACAAACUUCGUCUGCUCCAAUCCCGAGUGCGACGAGAUGGUCUUUGUCUAAGAACAUUCCUCCAACAUUCCCUCUUGCUCAUCCCAAAUGACACUUUUUUUUUCUUUUCUUGUGGUGUUUGUCAGUUCAAGAUUUUGUUUUUCUCCAUUUUUUUAUAUAUUCGCGCUGUGAGAAGUGGUAUUAGUUUUCCUCUCCCACAGAGUCUUUGUUGCCCUUCAAGCUUGCUUCCUACCCCCCCCCCCCCCUAUCCAUUUCCCCCUCUUUUCCUCUUGACCAUUCUCUGUCGUGGUAGAAAACGUUAUCUUAACAAUGAAAUCAAAAAGUUGAAGGCGGUUGUUGU